AGUUAAUAAAAAUGAAGGUUGAAGUUGACUCCUUUUCCGGUUCCAAGAUCUACCCAGGUAGAGGUACCUUGUUCGUUAGAGGUGACUCUAAGGUUUUCAGAUUUCAAUCCUCGAAGUCUGCUUCCUUGUUCCACCAAAGAAAGAACCCAAGAAGAAUCUCUUGGACUGUUUUGUACAGAAGACAACACAAGAAGGGUAUUUCUGAAGAAACUUCUAAGAGAAGAAGCAGAAAGACCAUCAAGCACCAAAGAGCCAUUGUCGGUGCUUCUUUAGAAUUGAUCAAGGAAAGAAGAAACUUAAAGGACUCUGACAGAAAGGCUGCCAGAGACAACAAGUUGGCCAAGGACAAGGAAGCCAAGAAGGUUGCCAAGGCUGCCAGAAAGGCUGAAAAGGCCAAGUUGGCUGCUGCCGGCGGUAACAUCGUCUCCAAGCAACAAUCCAAGGGUGCUUUCCAAAAAGUUCACGCCACUUCCCGUUAAGUAAAUUAAACGAAUAAUUUAUCUUCACUCCGUGUACAUUUAUUAAUUGGUUUGGUAGCUUUUGUUAUAUAUCAAUAUAAACUCUUCUAAGAAUGCGAUGUAUUAAUGUAACUACUCGGUAUUAUCAUGAACUGACAAUGUCUGCUUCAUGGGUCGCCCGUACUACUAAUAUCAAUUGUAUUGUACAUGCUUUGGCAAACUGUAUUGAGAAUACUACGAAAUAAUU